UCUGGCACCCACCGGUGCCCGAUGCGGCUCCGGCCGGGCGAGCGGCCACCGGAGCGCCCAGCGGGGCCCCCCCGGCUCGGCUCGGCACGGCACAGGCGGGGGGGGCUCGGAGCGGGGCCAGGGGCACGACCCCCCUCAACUUGCCGCUUUGCCCAAGGCUCCCGCACCCCCUCUUUCAUUCCGUCUGCGGGCAGGAGGGGGUGCACCCCCUCUUUAAUCCAAAGGGGGGGGCAGAGGAGGCGGGGACCCCCCUCCUUUCCACUCUCAUGGCGGGGUCCCCCCGCUUCCAGCCCUGGCGGGGGGGCAGCGGCUGAGCCCCGGGGUCCCCCCCCCAAACUUUGCCUUCGGAUGCGGGGACUCCGCCGCCGAGCUGCUCCUGCCAACGAUUAAUCGCAUCUGCCUGGGAUUAAUUAUUCACCCAGCUCUGGGUUGUGUUUUUUUUUUGUUACGUUCUUGUUGUUUUUUUUCCCCCGUUUAUUUUUUUUCCUUGGGGGAGCGCUUUAAUUCAGCUUUUUUCCCCUCCCCUUUAAUUUUUUUCUUUUUUUUUUCCCUUUGGAAGAACAGCGCUUGGAAUUCUUAUUUUUAUUCUUGUGCAGAGGGGCUGGCGACCCGCACCCUGCAGCAUCAUCCUCCAUCAGCACAUCGGUGCUGUUUUUUUUCCACGGGAGGGGGUUACACGUGCUCUUCUCCCCCCGCUGCCGACUCCCGAGGAGGAAGAGGAGGAGGAAGAGGAGGGGGACCCGCCCCCGCCGGCUGGGCGCUCCCCCGGCCGCCCUGCAGGCACUGGGGGGGGGUUGCGGCAGGUUUGGGGUGCGGGGUGGGGAGGGGUGGGGGACCGGAGAUGGGGUGCUCUGCUCGCUGAGCUGGGGGGGCAAAGCCGAGCCCCCCUCCCAACCUGAACCGGUUCCCCCCCCCUCCCCAAAUUCCGCCGUUGGCUGCUGCUCCCGGCUCGCACGUGGUUGGAUUUAGGGGAUUUCUGCGGUUUUUUUGGUGCUUGGUCUGGAUUCUUUUUGUUUUUGUUAUUUUUUUUUUUUAUUUGCCACGGGGCCCCCCCGGUUUUCUUGCUGCCCCCCACCUUGCAAUGGCCUCUCCGGAGAAGAUGCUCCCCGGGCCGGCCGCGCUGCUCUGCUGCCUCUGCUCGCUGCUGCUCCCCGCCCACGCCAAGGGGCCAGCGCCCAGCCCUGAGCCCGCUGAGCCCCCCGGUGCCAUCCUGCUGCCUGUGAGCUACCGCCUGUCCAACACCCGCUUGGCCUUCUUCCUCAAGGAGGUGGGAGCCAGCCCGGUGGGCAACGGCAGCGCCCCCCUGCAGCGCUCCGAGCCCUUCGUCGUCUUCCAGACCAAGGAGCUGCCUGUCCUCAACGUCACCCUGGGGCCCUUCAGCACGGGGCUGGUGCUGCCCAAGGAGCACCUGCAGCCCUCCAGCACCCUGGAGGUCCCCGACCGCCUCACCGUCAACUGGAAGGUGCGCGCCUUCAUCAUCCAGCCCCGGCUGGUGGCCAGCCAGCCCGUGGUCCAAGUGCUCUUCUACGUGGCCGGCCGGGACUGGGACGACUUCGACGUCACGGACCGGCUGCCCUGCGUGCGGCUCCACGCCUUCCGCGACGCCCGGGAGAUCAAGAGCUCGUGCCGGCUGCGGGGCAGCCUGGCCAUGUGCCUGGUGCAGGCGGAGCUGCCCCACGCCUGGUUCGGCCCCUCGGCCGUGCCGCUGGGCAGGAGGAAGAGCCCCGAGAGCCUGGAGGUGCCGGGCGAGAGCCAGCAGGCCGAGCUGUACUACACCCUGCACGCCCCCGACGGGGCCGGCCAGUGCCUUGGGGACACGGUCCCGCGCCGCGGCGCCGGGGGGGCCAGGACUGAGGGUCCCACGCAGCACCCGCUGCUGCGCAUCGGCAGCGUCAGCCUCCUGCAGCCCCCGCCGGGGCAGCCCAUGCAGGAGCACCGGCUGGACGGCAACGUCUUCAUCCGCCUGCCCGACAAGCCCCUCAAGCCAGGAGAGGUGCUGAGCAUCCUCCUCUACCUGAUGUCCAACUCCACGGUGGAGCAUUUCACGCUCAGGGUGAAGGCCAAGAAAGGUGUCAACCUGCUCAGCACCAAGUCGAGGAGUGGGCAGUGGCUGGUGAGCUCGGAGCUGCUGACGGGUGGCAAACACUCCACUGCCACUGUCGACGUGUCCAGGGUGGAUGGGGCCAGGCCCAGGGAUGGGGAUGACUCCUCUGAGAUCAUGCAGCUGGAUUUCGAGAUGGAGAACUUCACCAGCCAGUCGGUGACGCGCCGCAUCAUGUGGCACAUCGACUACCGCGGCCGCAACCCCCCGCCCGACCUGGAGAAGGUGGUGACAGAGCUGACGGUCAUCCAGAGGGACAUCAGGGCCAUCGUGCCCCUGGCCAUGGACACAGAAAUCAUCAACACAGCCAUCCUGACGGGGCGGACGGUGGCCAUUCCCGUGAAGGUCAUUGCCAUCGAGCUGAGCGGCGUCGUUGUGGAUGUCUCAGCUAUGGUCGAGUGCAAGUCCAACAAUGAAGACAUCAUUAAGGUUUCCAGCAGCUGUGACUAUGUCUUUGUCAGCGGGAAGGAGUCGCGGGGCUCCAUGAGCGCCCGGGUCACCUUCACCUACGAGCACCUCUCGGCCCCGCUGGAGAUGACGGUGUGGGUGCCCAAACUGCCGCUGCACAUCGAGCUCUCCGACGCCCGGCUGAGCCAAGUGAAGGGCUGGAGGGUGCCCAUCCUGCCGGACAGGAGGUCGGUGCGGGACAGCGAGCACGAGGAGGACGAGGAGGAGCGGAAGCAGAGCCGGGGCUGUGCCCUGCAGUACCAGCAUUCCACGCUGCAGGUCUUCACCCAGUUCCACACCACGGCGGCCGAGGGCACGGAGCAGGUGGUCACCAUGCUGGGGCCCGACUGGCUGGUGGAGGUCACCGACCUGGUCAGCGACUUCAUGCGCGUGGACGACCCGCGGGUGGCCCACCUGGUGGACAGUGUCACGCUGGCCGGGAGGGAGCCGGGCACCACGCUCUUCAAGGUCGUGUCCCCGCUCGUGGAGGCGGUGCUGGGUGAGACACUGGUGACGGUGGCGGAGGAGAAGGUCAGCAUCACUGACCUGAAGGCCCAGGUGGUCUCCAGCCUCUCGCUGUCCCUCCACCCCAGCCCUGGCAACAGCCACACCAUCAUUGCCCGGACGUCGGUGCAGCAGACCCUCAGCUUCUUCAAGCAGGAAGCGCUCCUGAGCCUGUGGAUUUCCUACAGCGACGGCACCACGGCCCCGCUCUCCCUCUACGACCCCAAGGACUACAACCUGGUGGUGAGCAGCCUGGACGAGAAGGUGGUCUCGGUGACCCAGGACCGGGCGUUCCCCUUGGUGGUGGCGGAGGGCGAGGGCGCAGGGGAGCUGCUCCGGGCAGAGCUGGUCAUCUGUGAGAGCUGCCAGAAGACCAAGCGCAAGAGCGUCCUCUCCACCGCCUUGGCCACCGUGCGGGUCCACUUUGGGUCCGAGGAGGACCCGACCUAUGACUAUGACCACGUGCCCAGCAAGCCGGGGCUGGGGGAGACGGGGGCCAGCACCACCCUGCGGGCAGAGGUGGAGAGGAAAGCGGACCCGAGCGAGGACAGCAGGAUGUCCAGCGCGUCUCACCCCACCGAGGACUUCCCCACCAUCCCCACUGGCUUCGUCCAGGUGACCCGGGGGCUGACGGACCUGGAAAUAGGCAUGUACGCCCUCCUGGGCGUCUUCUGCCUGGCCAUCUUGGUCUUCCUCAUCAACUGCAUUGUCUUUGUGCUGAAAUACCGGCACAAACGCAUCCCGCCCGAAGGCCAGACCAACAUGGACCAUUCCCACCACUGGGUCUUCCUGGGCAACGGGCAGCCCUUGCGGGCUCACAAUGACCUCUCCCCGCAGCCUGAGAGCCCGGGGAACCCCCUGGAAAACGUCCAGACCUGCUGCCAUGGGGACCACCACAGCAGUGGGAGCUCGCAGACCAGUGUGCAGAGCCAGGUCCACGGCCGGGGGGACGGUUCCUCAGGGGGCUCCACACGGGACCAGAGCGAGGACCCCCUCAACUCACCCACCUCCAAACGGAAGCGGGUGAAGUUCACCACCUUUGCCACAAUGCCCUCCGACGAGCUGGCCUACAACUCCAUCCCCAUCGCCGAUGAGGAGGACUUGGAGUGGGUCUGCCAGGACAUGGGGCUGCAAGACCCUGAAGAGCUUCACAACUACAUCCGCAGGAUCAAAGAGAUCGCUUAACGCAGGGGCAGAGGGGACGGGGCGGGAGGGAGGGGGCUGCCACGCUGUGCCACGCCAUGCCACGCCGUGCCAUGCCACGCCACGCUACGCCACACCACGCCACGCCAGCUGCUUCCCUGGGGCUGGAGACCCAAAAUUUGGCUCUCUUGCGCGUUCCCUCUUCCGCACAUCUCACGUCCCCACCCCGUCGGAAGGCGCCCCCGGGGGCCUUUUGCUUUUUUUGCCCUUUACCGACUGGUUUUCCCAGGGGAGGCAGCAGCACACACGUGGCCCCCCCCAGCCUGCUGGCCUGUGGUGAGGGGCAGGGAGGGGGGCGAGCAGAGGGCAGAGAUGGAUGGGGUCAAACCCUCGGUGCGUGCGCGUGUCCCGUGGCGAACGGGCAGGAUGGUGCUGCGGGUCCUGCUGCGCAGGGGGUGGAAGAGGGGAGAUGUCCCGCUCCCCCCAGGAGUGCAGCAGAGGGGCGGCGGGUGGGGGCUUCCUGGAGGCCACCCCCCGCCUUUGCUGCACUCAGUUGCACAAUUUUGGAGGUGAGUGCCGGUUCAGGGAUUUGCCAGCCCGUGGUCGUUGGGGUGUUUGGGGGAUCCCCUCCCGCGCAGAGCCCGCUGGUGCACGCUGUGGGUGAUGCUGGGUGAGUGAGGCAAGAGGGGAGGGCGGCUGCUGGGGGGCUGUUGCCCAGUGGCCAUGGAUCUGGGGCCCCUUUGUCCCCAUCGUCUGCUGUGUCCCAGCCCCAAAUUCCAGGCUUGUCCCACUCCCCUGCUGGCUGGGAAGGGCUGUGGUCCCCGGGCAGGGGCACUUUGGGGGUGGCCAACAAGUUUGCUGCCUGUGAGCCUGCCUGCCCUGCCUGCCUCUCUGUUCCCUGUGCUGGGGCCAGUGCUGGACCCCCCAGCCCAACAGCCCUGCUGGGACCUCCAGGGCGAGCCUUCCCCCCUCAGUGCUGGAAUGUGGCUCCACUACUGGAAGUUGCCGCGGGGGCUUCCCACUGCUCCAGGAGGUCCAGGCACCCACAACCCGACCUGGCCUGAGUCUCCCAGUGCCAGCCCAGUUCCCACAGUGCCAGCCCAGCAGGGAUGCCCGGAGCCAGGCUCAGCCUCUGUGGUGCCUUCUGACUGCCAUAACCCAACGCCUCCCGGUCACCCCGCGCUGGCAGCAGCUCCCAAACCCUCUGGCUCACCCGAGAGGCCCCCCCAGCCCAGGGCCACCCCUUCUCCCGGCUCAGAGCAUCCUCAGCCAGGUCACCCCUGCAGGGACACCCAGGGACCAGGGCUGUGGGGCUGGGGGUCUCAGGCUGUGUACAUGUCCCAUGGGCACCCACCUGUGGGGACAGGGACCCCCCCAGCAUCCCCCGGGGGAGGGGGAGGCUGCAGCGGAUUAUUUCUGGAUUGGAAGUUACCCACCACUGUGUCUCUUUUUUUUUUUUUUUCCUUUUUUUUUUUUCUUAAAUAAAAGACCAGAAAAGAAAAAAACGAAACAAAAAGCCUAAA